AUACAUGUAAUUCUAUCCGGUUAUUUAUUUAUUUAAACUUAAGUAGUUGCGAUCGUACUAGUACGAUCUGAAAUACCGACGUUUAAAAAAGUAUAAUUUAUUAUAAACACAUAAUUCUUAUAAUAACAAGAAAGGAUAUUACGGUAUUGUAAAGUAAUUAAUUUAAUAAACUAGAAAUACUUUACUAGCAGCAUUUGUAUCCAUUUUUUAAUUUUAUAUCGAUGCGCGCUUUGAGAACAAUCGCCAUCUGACGGUGAUGAAAUUGGCGGCAGUGAAACAAACGUGUGUGUAUAUAACAACAUAACCUCGAAAACACAAAAAAAUUAUAACCUACAAAAUUGUUAUGGAUUACAUUUAGAAUGGAAUAAAACUUUGCAACAUGUACAAUAAAUAAUAUAAGAAAACCAAAUAAUAGUAUUGUAUAAAAGAACGUUAUUUCAAAGGGACUACUGUGUAAAUUUUACUGUAUUUCUGUAUUGACAUUGAACCGCAUUAAAGUAUCAUACCCAAAUAAUUUGUUUAAACUGUUAUUUAUAUUAGACAAAAAUGGCGCGAAAUGCAGAAAAGGCUAUGACCACGCUCGCUCGAUGGAGAGCAGCACAAAGCAACGAAGGAGCUAGAAAAGAACAAGAAAGAAGACCAUACUUAGCUUCUGAAUGCAGAGACUUACGGAAGGCAGAGAAGUGGAGGAUGCAGAUAAUCAGAGAAAUCGCUAAGAAAGUUGCACAGAUACAAAAUGCCGGUCUUGGAGAGUUUCGUAUCCGAGACUUGAACGAUGAAAUUAAUAAAUUAUUAAGAGAAAAACGGCAUUGGGAGGCUCAAAUAAAGGAAUUGGGUGGUCCUGAUUACUCCAGAGUUGGACCGCGUAUGUUAGACCAUGAAGGUCGUGAGGUACCUGGAAAUCGUGGUUACAAGUAUUUUGGAGCAGCAAAGGAGUUACCAGGAGUCAGAGAAUUAUUCGAACAAGAACCACCGCCUCCUCCACGUAAAACACGUGCGGAGUUGAUGAAAGACAUCGACGCUGAUUACUAUGGUUACAGAGAUGACGACGAUGGAAUUUUACUACCUUUAGAACAGAAAGCCGAACAAGAAGCAAGACAAAAAGCAGUAGAGGAAUGGCUAGCGGAGAACGAAAAGAAAUCAGAGGAGGAAGACGAAGAAAUCGAAACAACCGCUCAGAAAGCGAUACCCUCUCAGCAAGAUAUUCAGGAAGCGUUACUCGUAAGAAAAAAGCAAGAACUAUUAGAGAAAUAUGUACUUUGACAGAUUUUAUUCCUUUUUCAUUUUUCUUUUGUAUGCCUUCGAUAACAACUAUUUGUAAGUUUAUUUGUUUAAUUGUAUUAGAGUACACUUUUAUAAAACGCGACAGAUAUAAUAAUUAUUAUUAUUAAUUUAUAAGUAAUAACAUUGAUUAAUGUAAUUAUUUUGUGCAGUAGACGUUCAAACUUCAAUUAAUACUUAUUCGAGAAAGAGUGCUGUAGAUAAAAUAUAGAUAAAAAUCCAACGGUAGUCUGUUUAUAAUCCUCGCGAUCCUUACUCUUCUUUUUAUUUUUUCUUCUCUUUUCUCAUUUUUCUUUUGCGAUAAUAAGCACCGAACACUCGAGAAAGCGACACAAUAGAAUAGAACAUCAGAGAAUAAGACAGUAUGAAUUUGUGAGAAUAUCUUCGCUGUGUAUACAGAUGUAUAUUCGUACUUGCCAAAUGUUAUAUAUUAAAUCGCUGCAUAUCAAAUCUAACAGAUUAAACGAAAGAGAAAAUUAA